CCCAGAUUUCACAGAAGCCACUUGCUUGGAGCAGACUACCAUGACAAGCCAGUCUCAGGGGAUCCACCAGCUUCUUCAGGCAGAAAAACGGGCCAAGGACAAGCUAGAGGAAGCCAAGAAGAGAAAAGGAAAGCGAUUGAAGCAAGCCAAGGAGGAAGCAAUGGUAGAAAUUGACCAGUACAGAAUGCAGAGAGAUAAAGAGUUUCGACUAAAACAAUCUAAGAUAAUGGGCUCUCAGAAUAAUCUCUCAGAUAAAAUAGAAGAACAAACACUAGGGAAGAUACAAGAACUUAAUGGACACUACAAUAAGUAUAUGGAAAGUGUGAUGAACCAGCUCUUGAGCAUGGUCUGUGACAUGAAACCAGAAAUCCAUGUGAACUACAGAGCCACCAACUAAAUGUACAUCACAGUUUUCAAGAAAAAAAAAGGUGUGUGAGUGCCACCUGGUUGCUUAUGGCUUCGUGUUUUUAUGUUGAGAAAUUUGAAAUGAGAACCUUAAAUUUACAUUUACAGGAAAUGUGACAUAACUCAUACAUCGCCACUGAAUUAAACAAAACAAAAUACAACUGUUGCUAUAUCUUUUCUAGUAAUAAUUAUGACCUUGUCACUUAACUUGGAGUAAGUCAAGAAUGCAAAAUAGUAACAUGUUUUUUAACACUUGAAAGAAAAACAUGGUCAUGACAGCUUUUUAGUGGGCAUGGGUUUUUUAUUUCUUCUCCUUUUCAUCAAUUUAGAAAAUGUGCUCUUAAUUGUAUUAAAUGGUAAUUUGCUAAAAGAUAAUCUUUAAGCAAGAUAUAAUUAUGACUCUUCAACAGAUCUAAAAAUGAACAUGUCAAGGGUUUUAUUUAAUUCAGUAAUCAAUGGGAAACCAGUAAAACAGAGAGAUAGAGACAAAGAAUGAUGGGUUAUAUAGCCAUUUUUAAACAUAGAUGGGGUUUAUAAUCAUUCUGUCUGUCUGACCUCAACUAAACAGAUAUUAUUUUUAAAAGAAAAAAGUAAAUGAUAAAUAAGCUAAUAACAUAGAUUUUGGAGCUUUGAGAAAAAAAAAAAAAGAAAUACAAAGAAAACUCCCAGGAGAUAUACUAGGUUAGUGUGCCACUAGCCCAGUCUCCUAGUUACAGCUAAGCUAAACUCUUGUUAAAUACUAAGUACUUUGUUAGUGCAAUGUAUAUAUCAUCUCAAUCCUACCGUGUAAGCAGUAUUAGCGCUCUUGUUUUACAAAAUGAGAUGCAAAGAUGAAGGAACUUAUCUGGAGUUGUUUGGAUAACAGUGGCAGCACUGAGCUUUGAACUGGGCAAUGUGACUCCAAUGUUCACACCCUUUACUUCUUACCAAACUGCUUACCUGCACAGCUCCUAUAUUUGCAUUAGUAAGAAGCACGGGUGCUAUAAAGUCUUUGAUUUUCCAGUAAUACAUGCAGACAAAUUUUAAUUCCAGUCUAAACAAAAGUUAAUUAUUGUCACCAAA